CGGGCGGGAGCGCGUCCGGGCUCUUCCAGGGUGCUUACCUUGUUGGCAGAGGGCGGCGAUCCCGGGCGGAGCAGAGCCGGGAGCCCGCCCGGGACGGUGGCGCCGGGGCACGGGGUGCGUCCGGCGGGCGGAGCGCAGGGCCCGGAGCCGGAGCGGCCGAGCGCGACGGCGGGACUUGGCGCGACCCCCCUGGCCCUGAGCUGGGGCGCGAGGCCGGGCGGCGCGCCCCGGGAGGCGGAGGCUGCAGCGGCGCCGCGGCCCCGAGCCGGCGAGGGGGACGCUGCCGCGGGCGGUGUCAAUGGAUCGCCACUCCAGCUCCAUCUUCGUCUGGCUGCAGCUGGAGCUCUGCGCGAUGGCCGUGCUGCUCACCAAAGGUGAGAUUAGAUGCUACUGUGACGCGGCACACUGUGUGGCCACUGGUUAUAUGUGUAAAUCCGAGCUGGGCGCCUGCUUCUCUAGGCUCCUCGAACCUCAGAAUGCCAACUCCCCACUUACUCACGGCUGCCUGGACUCCCUCGCAAGCACAGAAGACGUCUGCCAAGCCAAACAGGCCCAAAACCACUCUGGCACCACCGUGCCCACAUUGGAAUGCUGUCAUGAAGACAUGUGCAAUUACAGAGGCUUGCACGAUGUUCUUUCUCCUCCCAAAGGGGAGGCCUCAGGACCAGGAAACCGAUUUCACCACGACAGCAGCAGAAACCUCAUCACCAAGGUGCAGGAGCUGACUUCUUCCAAAGAGCUGUGGUUCCGGGCAGCAGUAAUUGCUGUUCCCAUAGCUGGAGGGCUGAUUUUAGUGUUGCUUAUUAUGUUAGCCCUAAGGAUGCUUCGAAGUGAAAAUAAGAGACUUCAGGAUCAGCGGCAACAGAUGCUGUCCCGUUUGCACUACAGCUUUCAUGGACACCAUUCCAAAAAGGGGCAGGUUGCAAAGUUGGACCUGGAGUGCAUGGUGCCGGUCAGUGGCCACGAGAACUGCUGUAUGACCUGUGAUAAAAUGAGACAGGCAGAACUCAGCAACGAGAAGUUCCUCUCGCUCGUCCACUGGGGCAUGUACAGUGGGCACGGGAAGCUGGAAUUUGUAUGACGGAGCCUUAUCUGAACUAAAUUUCUUGAACGCUUGAAGGCCUUUGAGUUCUGCUGGACAGGAGCACUUUAUCUGAAGAAAAACAAACUCAUUUAAUCAUCUUUGAGAGACAAAAUGACCUCUGCAAACAGAAUCUUGGCUAUUUCUUCUGAAGGAUUAUUUGCACAGACUUGAAUGCAGUCAAAUGUAAUGUUUGCUUUAAAAUGAUAAAAGCAAAGAGAAGACUGGAUACACACUGUUACUGGGGUUAUUUGCAUCCGAGGGAGCUGGAAUUGAGACCCUGAGUAAACUCAGAUGUGCUCUUUGUAAGCUCCUACGUCUUGAUUUAUUGUAAAGAUUUAAAAAAUAUAUAUAUAUAUUUUGUCUGAA